AUGCUGGAACUUGUAUCAUUGCAGGUCAUAUCUGAGAUUAUUGAAACUGGGCGUUCUCAUGAUUUUACUGAUGUGAUAUUUGUAAUUGCAUCUGAGAACCGUGGUAAGCCUGAUGGUCUUAUCAUCUCUCAUCUCCCAUUCAGACCUACUUCCUACUUUCAGUUACUUAAUGUGGUAACAAGACAUGAAAUUCAAACCAAGAAAGAAAUGGGAAAAAUGUCUGAGCAAUAUCCUCAUCUCAUUUUUGAACGCUUUACAACCCAGAUGGGUAAGAGAGUUAUGAACAUCUUAAAACACAUAUUCCCUGUUCCUAAACUCGAUUCAAAGCGCAUAGUUACGUAUACAAGUUUUCUCCAUAAUAACUAA